AUGACUAUCAUUGAUGGCAAGUAUUGGGUCGCGAAGGACCUCACUCUGGCCAACUUUGGCGAUCUGGUGGCCGCCGAGAAGCCCGAUCCCGCCUCUAUCACCGCUGGUCAGGCGGCUAAUAGACCUGCGUUUGAUAAACCGAAGCCUCAGUCGGAAGGCUACGCGCUUUCCCCUUCUUUGACCGAGCUGCGACCUCUUCCCAUGAUGCCCGCUGGCGCCGAUGUCGACCUCAACUUCGGCAAGAUUUGGGAUUAUACCAAUGCGAGAAAGAUCAAGGAGGAAGACGAGGACUUGAUGGCGGUGGCAAUGGCUGAUGAGGAGAACGACGAGGAAUACAUUGACCAGCCUGAAUUGCAGGCGAAUGUGAUUUUGGACGCUUCUCGAGAACCUCAUCUUCUCAUUUUUUCGCCCCCUGUGCCUCGCUAUGCGGUUCUGCUCUUUGACGAUGUCCACGCGGAAUACCUUCCAGCUCCCGCGCUCGAUGACUUCGAGCACCAGCAACAUGCCCCCAUGGCCCCGAUGGCGUCUUGA